AUUGCAGGGGAGCUGCAGGUUUUGCCAGUAAAGAAUCACGCAUCUUUGUGUAUAGGGGAUUCCGUAUCUCUUGAAGUAGAAAUUACUGGCGCUCAAGGGCAACCAAAUGUACAAUGGUCUCAUGGACAAAGUCUUUUGGACGACAGCGAGCAUUAUUCCUCAAAUUCUAUUGGGACAGUUCUGGAUAUAAGCAAUGCUUUGCCUCUGCAUGCUGGGACAUACUAUGCUAUGGUUACAGACGGAGUUUCUUCUGAACAUGCGAUUUUUAACGUGGAAGUUCAUGGUAAUAAAAACAACUUCUUAUCUUCCCUAAAAGUUUUUAAAAAGUUUUGCUAUGCCGUAACACCUACAAAGUACGCACAAUUUCUUUUUUUGUUUUUCGCUCUUUUGCUUCGUUAAUUGAGUUCAACAAAAAUUAAUACCCAACAUUUAAAAUUCCGCCAGAAACAAAAAGUUUCGAAUAGGUCUACUAUUAGUUAACUAAAGGAAUUGUAAUAAUCAGAAAAUUGUUUCAUUUAUAAGAACUGCAUGGCAAAGCAUUGCUAGCACCUUUCUCUUUGAACAAAAUAAUAGAAUUUUAAAGGAGAAUAUUUUGACGAGAAUCAGAUGUCCACAACGUUGAUAGCCUGUACACAGACGUUGUUUGUUUUUCUUUUCGACAUUCAGCGAGCGUGGAGCACGAGAACGAACGUCUGUUUUUUUGUCUUCUUUCCCAACUCCCAUCCCAUUGAGCUUGAGGUCAAUAAAUCCCCCUCGGCUUAAUAUUAUUAUGCUCGUUCGACGAUCUCCUCAGAGCAAAUUGAGGGUCUGUGAACAGGCUACAACUUUAAACGCCCAUAAGUAAACGCUUAUAGAUAACCUGCGAGUAAGCUCGUCAUUGUCAAGUCUCCUUUCGUGUGUUGCUUACGCGUGACUUCAUGAAAAGCUUGCUUACAGCCGGGCUAACUUACUGCGCAGACGAUGGACGCGAUGAAAUGAUAAGCUCCCGUUAGGAGGCAAUGAGUUGCUAUUCUGUAUCUUAGUGUAACUAUCAAAAUCUUCUUUUAGAUACCUACCUUCGCACUUUGAUCAAGAGUCCUUUAAUAAUUCAACUUGGUGGCACAGGCGUGUUAAAGGUCGAAAAAUCCGAUGGCGGAAUUUUAUGGUGGAUACACCAGGGAGACAUUGUAAGAGGACAGAACAGCCACUACAAGUUCUUGGACACCUUGGGAUCAACAGGGACCGAGUUAGAAAUUUCCAACGCUGGCGUAGAGCAAGCUGGAUUUUAUGAGGUGGUGUUGAAAGAAGCGGGUUGCGAAAUACGAAACGUGUUUGAUGUGCAGAUAGAGGGUGAGUAGUAUGAACCAGGUGGGGGAUCUUGAAGGGGGAGAUCCGAGGGUGCAAGGUUCCUCCAUGUAGCUUGUUAUAUAUGGUGUAAAUAAUAAUAAGCAUUUUUGAAUUAUCUGAAAAACGUUGAUGUGCCAGCUGGUAUAAGACUCCAAAUGAAAAAAUUGUCUAUUGUCUACUUUAGGCCAAACUAAGGUCACUAGCACAGUCUAGCCAAAACAAAACCUUAUACCACAAUCCCUAGUCUAGAUAAAAUCUUCAACCAACUGAUCAGUUUUCUGAAAAAUGAUACCCUAUUCUAGACCCAAACGCUCUGAUUUAUAUACCCUAUCUUAGAGUAAACUGCUAAAAAACCAUACCCUUUACAGCGGCACAUACCUAUAUAGCCCAUAUAUGGCAGUACCCUCCCCCGGAGCCAAACUGAAGCUGAGCCCUUCCUCCGCCUCUUAGGCUAUGUUCACACUAUAACGUCGUUCUUACACAACAUGGAAGGUUGGACGGAAUAGUCAUCGAUCAAUCCUGAAUAUUUACUUCCCUUCGAGGGGAUUCCAGUUCUUCCCCCUACUUAUUCAUUUCUGCUGCGGUCCGAAUACCAGGUCAAACUUCACCGAGGUACCACAAAGAACCUUUCCGAUAUGUGAUGCUCCCCUCGCGCCGAAAUCAACGUUCUUAUGUGUGAACAGACACGGUGGACAAACAGGACACCAAAUGUGGCCACUUACGAACUACUUUUGCAGUGUUUAUCUGUUUGAGCUCAAAGUUUGCCGGAUGGUAGGACUUUGGAUUCCAAACAGUCGUAUGUUUUUUUGUUUUUCGAUUUUAACGGUUUUUGGAGGGAAAAUGACGUCACAAGAUUGACAGAAAAAUUUAAAUUUUAACUAAUGGCCUAACAAAUUGAGCGUUUUCACUCACGUGACCACCAUCAACUCAGUUCUUGGUUUGAUACAUCAACAUGGCCACCGUUUUAUUGUUUUGGAACACCAAUAUGGCUGCCGUGACGUUAUGUGAAAAUGCUCUAUAGGUAAUAUUGAAAGAGCAUUUCGAAAUGCUAUAUCUCCUUAAGCAACUGAGUUUUUCAAAUUUUCGCAUUUGUUUCUAUCCCUGCUUCAAAAUUACCUAUUUGUUGCGCCAUCAGUUGAAAUAAAAUUUUGCUGUCAAUCUUGUGACGUCAUUUUUCCGCCAAAAACCGUACGAUUGUUUGGAAUACAAAGUUCAACAAUCCUGGCGUCCUGUUUGCCCACAGUGAGAAUUUUUCGUGUCAGCGCCAGAGUCAGCCGGUAUAGUGGGAACAUAGCUUUAGGGUCUGGAUGAGUUGAAGAUCUUGUUGAGCCGCCACUGCUAAAGGUUCAGUUUCUAAUAAAAGUUGGCGUAGUAUCAACGAGGGUGCGAAGCAUAAAUUCUGGCUUUAUCAACUGAGUUGAUAAAGUCAGUUUGCCUCCUCAACUCUUUAACGUCCAAGGCUGACGAACAUCAGUUUUCUCCGAACAAAGGUAUACAAGAUCAAGAGAAAAAUAAAUAAAUAAAAAUAAAUAAAUAACGAUUUGCAGGUAGCACAUCCACAUGGUGGUUCUUCGUCUACCUGAUUCCUGGUCGAAUUGGAAUUUGGAAAUGUUGGUUUUUUAGGAGAGGGGAAAACCGGAGUACCUGGAGAAAAACCUCUCGGAGCAAGGGAGAGAACCAACAACAAACUCAACCCACAUAUGGCGUCGACGCCGGGAUUUGAACCCGGGCCACAUUGGUGGGAGGCGAGUGCUCUCAUCACUGCGCCACCCUUGCUUAUGAGAAUUGAUAAAGGGUAGACCGCGAGCGGUUGUUCGUUCUUCUUUCUUUAGAGCCACACGCGGCGAGAAAAAAAGUAAAAUUUUGCAAACUAAUGGUAAAAAGGAGAAGAGAUUGAGGCGGAGGGAGGAAAAGGAUUUCCUGUAUCAGGCCUGUACCCUCGUUCCUCACUCGCCCCUCGGGUGUACUCAAAGUAAUAAUAGGAGACAAGAGAGGAUAAAGGGGACAGAGAAGGAAUCCCCUUUACAAACCCUAUUCCAUAAGUAUUUCGUCUCGAGUUAUUUUUAAGACCACAGAUCCCAAGGGGGAUUAGACAACAGCCAAUCACAUAGCGCGAAUGUGUUCCGCGUGGAUGACCCACUCUCAGAGCCACGCGUCCUUCACGAAGUGACGCAGAACAAAAUGGCGGAGAGCGAUAUUGCUAUUGCUAUUCGUUGUGUUGACGAAAACGACUACAGAAAGAUUUCUGCUAAAGCUGUGUCGGCGAAAGGGAAAUUAAAAAAGAAUCGCCCUUCCUCUCUUGUAUAGAGCUAACAUUACGGCAGGGAAAUCCUUAACACACUGAAUAUUCUCUCAGGAUCAUUUAUAAUUUGCAGUUUGAAGAGAGCAAUUUCUGGUUGAUAUUUAUUCUUUUAUUAGUCUUUUAUUAUUCAACAAAAAUAACACUUGGCGUCCUACUUGCGUUUUUAGGCUGAUUUAGCAACAGAACGGGAACGUCAGUUGACGACGGCGCGCGCAAAUCAAACAACUGGCUUGACCAAUGGCAGAGCGGCAAAUUGGGCACCGGAAGUCGUGUUUAGUGCUUUCCGCGCGCUUUCCCGUCGUCAAAUGACGUUCCCGUUCUGUUGCUAAAUCAGCCUGUUGUACCAACGACCGGUUUCAAUAGACCAGUGAAAUUUCUCAUUUUAUUAAAGCACUGAGGUUACGACAACUUCGAGUUAAACUAAUUUCGCGGAUUGUCAAAGAGUCCAUUGAUUCCCUUUUCCCAGGUGAGCGCCGGUUCAUUUCGCUUCAAUAUUCAGGAAUGCUCUCAAUGCUUUUCUCCCGACAUGUUUUCCACGGCGUUUAGUCAUGCGAAACCUCCAGGAAACAUCUACGCAGAGCGCGAGGUAACUUUAUCCCGAUUCUAAAAAUAACUCGAGACGAAUUACCUAUGAAAUAGGGUGUGUAUGGGGAAUGCCUUCUCUGUCUCCUUUAUCCUCUCUUGUAGGAGAUUAUUUGUUCGCAGUUUGGUCAUAAGGGAAAUGCUUUGAUCUAUUUAAUUAAAAUCUUAACUACAUGAAGUUAAAUUGAUGAGGUUAGUCUCGAAAAUUUGUAUGUGGAUAUCGCUGCUUAGUGGUUUAACAGAUUCAUGAUCAAAAGCUGACGUUUUGGACGCUGAUUCUUUUCUCAGAGAGAUUAAAAAAUACGGUGGGUGGUAUUGUUGUAUUGAAAACUGCAUGGACAAGUGCCGGUUUGGGUAAUUUUUUACUAUCAUGUGCUGAGCCUAAUAAUAAACCCUCUUUGAGAGAACCUGGGACGAAAAACUGCGUUGCGCAAACUAGCUCAAACUAUUAGAGAAUAGCAGUGAAAUUCUUAAACGUCUUCAUCUGAAAAGGCUACCUGUUUCCAUCCAUGUUCCGCAAAUGCUUUUGCAUGUUGUUGAGAAUGUUUCUGCGCGAGUACUCAGCUAUUUAUAACCACAGUACAUAGGACUUUUAAAAUGAUAUUAGCCACGACGCAAAGUCACAAAAGUGUAAAUCGGGCUCAUUUUGCUCGUUUGGUUAUAAGCAUUUAGGUCGGAUAUGAUUAAUUGGGAACUUGCAGUGAUGCAGCAAAAUGAUUACUAAAUAAUGGCGUUGUAAUUAUUUUAGUGCCAGAGGAAGAGGAAGAGGAAGAAAUUUCAGUGGCUUCAAAUACGACAGGUGAGAAACUUGUUACGGCACCUUCCAUCAUUCCCGGGGGGUACUCCCUAUGAUAGCCUAUACGUGGAGGCUCCGCCCGAAAGGGGUAUCUUUUUCAGGCCUCAGGUACAUGAAAGGAUAAGGAAAUCUGUCAUUUGGGUGUGUGUAGGAGCUAACAGAUGAGUUUUAUGGCUUUAUAAAGUCGAGAAAACGUUCUAUUUUUGUGAUUGAUUCAUGUAACAGCGGGUUAAAGCGGAUGCAAAGUUCUAAACAAGGUACUUGAAAGGGGUAUCAUUUGUCAAUAGAAGGUAUGCGAAAGGGGUACCUUUUUCGUGAAAAAUGGUAAAUAAAUAGCUGAAUAGCUGCAAUAGAACUAUCCGGCGGAGCCUCCCCUCAUUUCCCUAGAGGUUUGUGAAAUAGUUGAUAACCAAUGGGUUAAGAAACCAUUAUACAGUGACUGCUGAGCAGUCUGCAAUAGCGGAACUACAAAAAGGGGCGGAUAAACAAACUCCCUAACUUGUACACCAAUUCCAAGGGCAAGCAUCACCUUGCAAGAUCAGCUUCGUUUCGUUUUAAACUUAAACUGACUGAAGGUCUUUAUCUGCCAGUGAUAUGAAGACUUUUUACCUAUUAUCAGCCUGGUCUGUGUGUGUUCCAUCUGGAGAGGAUAAAGGUCCAUCAAGUCGAUGACCUUUAAAGUUCACUUAUUAAACACUUUAUACAUUGUGUCAAGUCUUGCUUUGUUGCAUGUUACUCUUCUCUGUAUGACAGCUUAAACAAUUCAACCUUCACUGCUUCAUAUAGACACUGUUUUCCAAGUGGGAACUCAAGGAGUCGACACUAGUUGACAAGUGAGCCUAUCUCUGCCACUUCUUCAAUUCUCCUUCUACGAUGUACUAUUUGUUCUCUUACCCUAGACGAAUUUAUCGUCAAUAGAAAUCUGUUAAUAAUAAUUAAUCGAAUAACCAGUUUCGUCCUUUCUUUCACGAAACCGGUAGCAUGCUACUCUACCUUAAAAAAAGACAAUAGUUUUUUUAUAUUUUUCAUUUCAGAGCCUGUCAAGUUAUGGGGUAUUAUUGACUACAAAUACCUUAAGGUAUUCAGCGGGGAUUUUACUGGCGAAUGGUACGUUGUACCAAGUGUCUUGGGUCCCAUUGUCAUUUUACUUCUGGUGUUUAUUGUUUGCCUGAUUAGAAGGGCAGCAACUAAAAAGUGGUAAGUUGACAUACUUUCUGAAAGCAGCAGGUAAUGCCGUGUUCUUUCCACGCAUGUUCAGAAAUGUAGGAAAACUCGGAACUCAGUUACUUCAUACAAUACACACCAAUUAUUAUUUGCAAUUUCCAUAUGACUUCAUGUAGACAGAAUUGUUUACGUUUAAGUGAGGAUUGGGGCUAGGGGACACUUCAUGAUGUUUAUCAUAAGGACGAUGAAUCCCAUUCGGCCCCAAAUUCUGGUCAUACGCGUAUCUGAUGUCUUCAGAUUGUCUCUUUCCGUCCAACACCACGUAAUGACCAGACUUGUCAUUCCAACUUUUUAAACUCUGAACGAAAUCCUAUGGUGUUACCGUCCAAAUUAACGUUUGAAAAUCACUUUUUAGUUCUUUGGAUUGUACAAAAAGGAAUUUGAAUUUUUUUUGCGAAUUUUUUCUUGCCAGCUAUUAGGAGUGAAAGGGUUAAGGAGAGUGACGUCAUUUGAGUAAUGAUAAAGAUAAUGCUACCCCUACAGGAGCCCUCAAAAGAAACUGUUUUCGUUGGAUGACGAAAAAAACAAACGAUUGUUUAUCUCUGCUAAGAAGCAAACGUUUUUCCUUACACAUUUAGCGCAAAAAUUCGUAUUAUUUUGUGAAACAACAUGAUCGCUUUGUGAUGUGACUGCUUGUGGUUUUGCACUGUUCGAAGGUCAUUGUUUGCCUUACGCACUGUUCUAUAUUAUAACUCGAGUGUAGUUUACAGAAAAACCUUUGUGAAAGUGCCCCUGAACGAGAGAGUUUACUUACUGUCCUGUACUUUGGUUACAGUCCCAAGAAAGAAAAAAGCGAAGUCAAGAAGGAGCCCAAAGUCACAACUCAUGUGGUGAUUGAAAAGCCUGUAUACACAGUACAAAAACAGGUUAUAGAGCCGGUGUACUAUCCAACCACUGAUCCAGUUUUCGAUAUUGCACCUGUUACGUCAAGUCAUCCCCAGUCUUCCAGCCUG